GGAUUAAUACUGUGUAGUGAGCCUUAUUACAACGAGGCUGGCUAUGAGAAGCAAAGAGGCACAGUGGAGGGACGAGAAAACAGCCGCCUUUACAAUGAAAUGGUUUUACUAAAACUGGUUCAAUCCAUGGAAAGACUCUUAAGAAAUCCUCCUGCUGGUCUGGAGAACGAAAUACUAAAACAUUUUGCACAUCACGGGGCCAGGUAAGACUUGAUAAAACUUUUUUGAAGUGUCAGAUUAAAAGGCAUCUCAAUCUUACUUCCCCAUUAACAAUUAAGCUGAAAAUCAAAUUUUCAAAAAUAGCUAUUGUUAAACAGGUUAACUUGAUGUAGGUACUUGGACCAGAGUAGUGGCCCUAAAUAUCAUAGGUAGUGGCUUCCAUAACUUAUAAAGUAGAUUUAUGAACUAUCAGCUCAUUUACCGCUCAGUUAUAAUUUACCUUACUGAGCAAAAAAAGGCCUCGAACAUAUUCCAUACAAAGAUGGUUCUUGAAUUUUUGUUAAGGUAAAUGUCGUGUCCUUCUAUCGUCAGAUUUGUUGUUUAGGUAAGCUAAAUCGUCGUCGUUUGUUGUUUUCUUGGCAGAAUGAUACGAAAAUUCAAGCGUUGGAUUGCUUUGUUCCACGAACAAGCAACAGCUGUGCCAAGCUGUGAUGGCGAAAAAGCCACUAACGAUGAGAUGAAGGUUAAUGAGCCGGAGGAAAAAGGACCGAGAAGUGAGAAUGAAAACGCUUGCAUGAAGGACACUAGUAAUGUUGACACCAUGCGAGCUAAAGUUGCAUCAAGCUGCAUCAGGGAAGAGUGUAUUCAAGCACAUGCGAUGUCUGGGGAACUGUUAACGAACGACGAAGUACAUCACACUGAACCUUGUAGCAAUGGUGUCAGUAAAGAUGAUUCCGACCAAUCAGCUGUCUUGCCUGAAGGAAAACCUUCAAAUGUCGAACCCCAAGGCGCAUGUCAAGGAGCCAUGACAUCAGAGAAGAAUGUUUCAGAUUAUCCCUUGUUCCCACUCUCCCGGGGUUUUUGCUUGAGUCUCGUGAGAGCGUUGGAUAGUUUUGAAGCCGCCUUGGAAAAGGCUCAACUACCAGACUGCUCUGAGUAG